CACAUAUUAAAUUAUUAACAUAUGAAUAAGAAAGUAAUUGACAUUUAUUAACUAAGAUAAAAGAAUCUAAUCCAAGAGUUAAAUUAACACAUCUAAAUAAGACCAAUAUUGUUGAUGUUUGGGCACAUAACUUUUAAACUGAAAUUGCAGAAAUCGCUGAUUUAAUUGAAGAAUUUAAUGUCAUCUCUUUAGUAAUCAAUCUAUUUAUUUUAGGAUACAGAAUUUCCAGGAACAGAAUAUGAAUAACCAGAAAGUGAUGAUAAGGUUAUUCUCAUCUUAUUAUUAUAGGAUUAUGAAUAUUUAUAAUUAGUCAGAAAUGUUCAAAAAUAUAAACUCAUUCAAUUAGGAAUUAGUUUAGCAAAUGAAGCAGGAGAAGUACCUUUAGCUAAAAAUACAUGGCAAUUUCAUUUCAAAUUUAAUGCUUAGUAUUAUCUCUAUUAAUAAAUACUUAUAGAUAUGAUUCACUUAUGAGUUCUGUUAAAAAUAUGUUAGAAUAAGCUGGUAUUAGAUUUGAUGAUUUGGCUUCUAAAGGAAUUGAUUAUUCAGAAUUUUGUGAAGUAGUUACAGGCAGUGGUAUUAAUAUUAUUUAUUUAUUAGGAUUAAUUUUAAAUGAUGAUAUUAAAUAUGUAGUAUUUCAUGGUGAAUUUGAUUUUGGAUACUUAUUACAUCUAUUUCAUCAUUCUGGUAUACCAGAUACAUAAGAAGAAUUCUAUAAAAUGAUGAAACUCUAUUUUCCAUCAAUCUAUGAUUUAAAAUAUAUUCUUAAAGAUAACCCUAAAUAUAAAGAUUCAGGUCUUAGUAGAUUAGCUACUAAAAUUGAUGUUACAAGAAUAGGUCCUGAACAUUAAGCAGGCUCUGAUGCUCUAUUAACUCUAUAAUGUUAUUAUUAAAUGAAGUAUUGCUUUCCAGAUUUGUAAAAUGAUUUCGAAAAAAACAUAAAUCUCAUUUAUGGAAUUGGAAAAGGUUAUAUACCAAAUAAGUAUUAAUUAUUCUAUUCUAAAUUCUAGUCGUCGUAAAGCUUAUGCAACAACAACAUAAACUCCAGAUCCAACUUUACAAGUCUAACAAUUAGACUAAGGUUAUUAUUUUACACAAAAUUAUUACAAUGAUGAACAAUAUUAUUAAUAUAAUUAGUAAUACUUGAAUUACAAUUAUUAUGCCCAAUAUCAAAUGCUAGAAACUGAUUAACAAAAGAGAAAAAGUGGUUAUUGA